AUGGACCUCUCUCGGAAACCAACCAACUCACAACGGUUACCACCACCGUCACUCUUCCAAGCCCCGCCCUCCCACAAUGCAUCCAACGUCUCACUCGCCGUUCCCCCAACCAACCAACCCCUCACAACACCACCAGGAAGUCAACCACCACCUCUAAAUCGCACCCGAAGCCCCGGCGACAACCGCAGCCUUCUCUCCCCAUUCAUCGCGCGUCGACCAUCUAAAAAUGACGUCGACGGAUCCGACGCCAUCUGGCAAGAAAUGCAAAGUGCUCUCUCCGAAGUCGAACUAAGCGCCGUAACCAGCGAACAUGUAUUCGGAGAAAAGCACGCCGAGGCCUUAGAAGACCUUCGCACCAAACAACUAAAUCUCGCGCAAGCGUGGGCCCGCAGUGAAGCAGACGACGAAGUGGUGGGCUCGAGUCGCAACACCGCAGACGGUGAGAGUGCGCAACGCCGGGGUUCUGCAGAAGCAACAGCAACGGCAACAAAAGAUACCACCGGAGCCACAGCUAGUGAAUCCGCCCCUGUCAGAGAUCGUGUCUCACACCGCACGCUUGACGAGGAGACGGAAAAAGAUAUAAUUCUAGCGCGAAAGCGCCGUGAUGCGAAUGAUCGGUACUUUGAUCGUGUGAAUCAGGGUGUUUUGGACGUCGUUGCGAAGCUUGAGGAGGUUUCGCAGGCUAUGCGGACGGUUGAGCGGGAGAGUAGGGAUAUCUGGAGUGAUUCGGAGAGUGUGACUACUGCGCCGCCGUCAACCAAUGCUGGGUCAUAG